GAUGAUGAGAUAGGACUUAGAACCAGAGAGAGAAGAGAGAGGAGUUUGGUUUGUUAGAAGAAUAGAGAGGAAAUUCAGUGGUAUUUUUGGUGUUUUGCUCUUGAAAUCAAACAAAUCAUCCACCAGAUUGUAUUCUUGUGCUGUUCUCCUCGGAUUCAAAACGUUAUUAGAAAUAUACUACUCCUAAUUCCUUCUCUCGUGUGUUUUCUUCUGAAUAUAACACCAAACUAUCCAUCUGUUUGUAUUUGGAAACCUUGUUAGUUUAUUUUGUUUUGUACAACUCUUUGUGUUUCCUCCUCACUCCUUCACCCUUGCUAUCAAAUGAUGUCUGGUUCUGCCCCCAAUUCCCAAACAAACCCUAACUCCAAACCCCCUUCUUCUGCAAAAAGGCGACGAAAUCUUCCCGGCACACCAGAUCCAGAUGCAGAAGUUAUCGCUCUUUCUCCAAAGACGCUCAUGGCGACCAACCGAUUCGUCUGCGAAAUCUGCAACAAAGGCUUCCAGCGCGACCAGAAUCUCCAGCUGCACAGGAGGGGCCACAAUCUGCCAUGGAAGCUCAAGCAAAGAGCUAACAAGGAUCAAAUCAAGAAGAAGGUUUACAUCUGCCCGGAGAAGAGCUGCGUCCACCACGAGCCGGGCCGGGCCCUCGGCGACCUCACCGGAAUAAAAAAGCACUUCAGCCGCAAGCACGGCGAGAAAAAAUGGAAGUGCGAGAAAUGUUCUAAGAAAUACGCUGUUCAAUCCGAUUGGAAGGCUCACUCCAAGACGUGUAGUACCAGAGAGUACAAGUGCGACUGUGGAACUCUCUUUUCCAGAAAAGAUAGUUUCAUCACGCACCGCGCUUUUUGCGACGCCUUGGCAGAGGAGAGCGCCGCUGCAACCAACAAUUCGAACUUGAGAAAUGAUUUCGGUGGGAAUAUGAUGAAUUCCGCCGGAAUUCAGCAGAUAUCGGUGGAUCAGAAUCAGCAGAAGCCGAGGCUGUCGCUUUGGUUGGAUCAAGACAACUCUCAGCUCAAUAAUUCAAUUAUGUUCAUGCCUUCAUCGACAGAUUUGACCGACAUGAUUCAGAUGGCGUCGAACGGCCUUCUCGGCUCGAAUUCAUCGACGAUGGCGGAUUCUCCCUACUCCGAUGGCCAAAGCUCGGGCAUGUCGGCGACGGCGCUGCUGCAGAAGGUCGCUCAGAUAGGGGCCACGAGGAGCAGCCCGACGUUCUUCGGCAACGCGGUCGGGGUGAUGAGCUCGUCUUCGUCAUCGGCGUCUUCCACCAACACGUUGCGGUACGGCUCUCCGCAGAGCGAGCUGCAUCUGGUGUUUGGGGAGAAUCAAGCGGCGGCGAUGAUGAAUUUCAACAACAAUCUCGGUACCGCCGCACAGGGGGAUAAUUCGGUGAGCUUGCAUUCGGGAUUGCAUGGUUUCACGAGGGAUUUUCUGGGAAUGGGCGGAGACGGCGGGACGUUUUUGCCGCAGGAGCUGGCUAAGUUCGCUUCGAUGAGUCCGGCAAUGGGGCUCACCCACUUCACUACCAAUCAGUAGCGCUUACCUUUCCUUUUUUUUUCCCCUCUUCCUUUUUUUUCCCCUCUUCCUUUAUUUUUGUUUUUGAGAUUUUGUUUGAUACUAUCUAUUACUACUACCAUAAUAAGAAAUGUUUAUACCUCUAAGUAAUUACUCUACAUAAGUAAAAGUACUAACAAAUUAAAAUGA